AUGAAAAACAACUAUUAAAAUAUAGAAUAAGUUAACAAGUUAAGAGAAAUAAAAGCUUUAAAAAAGCUUUAAGGUCAUGAAAAUAUCAUUAAAUUAUUAGAAAUUUUAUAUGAUUAAUCUACAGGAAGAUUAGCUUUAGUUUUUGAAUUAAUGGAUUGUAAUUUAUAUGAACAUAUAAAAGGAAGAUAAAAUUAUUUAAACCAAUAAAAAAUUAAAUAAUAUAUGUAUUAAUUGCUUAAGGCUAUUGAUUUUAUGCAUUAAAAUGGUAUUUUUCAUAGAGACAUAAAACCUGAAAACAUACUACUUUUAGGUGAUCAUAUUAAAUUGGCUGAUUUUGGAAGUUGUAAAGGUAUGUAUGCUGAGCAUCCUUAUACUGAGUAUAUAUCUACUCGUUGGUAUAGAGCUCCUGAAUGUUUAUUAACAGAUGGAUAUUAUGAUUAUAAGACUGAUGUUUGGGGCGUUGGAUGUGUUAUGUUUGAAAUAAUAGGACUUUUUCCUUUAUUCCCAGGAAAAAAUGAAUUAGACCAAGUUCAUAGAAUACAUAAUAUUUUAGGAUCUCCUAAUUAAAAAGUUCUUGAUAGAUUUUAAAAAAAAGCUACUCAUAUGGAUUUUAAUUUUCCUUAUUAAUAAGGAACUGGUAUUGAUAAAUUAUUACCUAAUAUAUAAAAAGAAUGUAUUGAUUUAAUUAAAUAAAUGCUUAUUUAUGACCCUGAAGAGAGAAUUACUGCUAGUUAGGUUUUAUUUAUAUAUUUUUAAAAUAUUUCUAUUUAUUCAUAUUUUUUUAUUUAAAGGCCUUAAAACAUGAAUAUUUUAAAGAUUUUUUUUUGA